GGUGGCGGCGAGAAGAUGGCGACUUCGAACAAUCCGCGGAAAUUCAGCGAGAAGAUCGCGCUGCACAACCAGAAGCAGGCAGAGGAGACGGCGGCCUUCGAGGAGGUCAUGAAGGACCUGAGCCUGACGCGGGCCGCGCGGCUCCAGCUCCAGAAGUCUCAGUACCUGCAGCUGGGCCCAAGCCGUGGCCAGUACUACGGUGGGUCCCUGCCUAACGUGAACCAGAUCGGGAGUGGCACCGUGGAUCUGCCCUUCCAGCCCAGCGGAUAUCUGGGGGAGGCCCUGGCAGCGGCUCCUGUCUCUCUGACACCCUUCCAGUCCUCGGGCCUGGACACCAGCCGAACCACCCGGCACCACGGGCUGGUGGACAGAGUAUACCGAGAGCGUGGCCGGCUUGGCUCCCCACAUCGCCGGCCCUUGUCAGUGGACAAACAUGGACGGCAGGCGGACAGCUGCCCAUACGGCACCGUGUACCUCUCGCCGCCCGCGGACACCAGCUGGAGAAGGACCAAUUCUGACUCUGCCCUGCACCAGAGCACAAUGACACCCACCCAACCAGAGCCCUUUACGGGCGGGUCCCAGGACGCACACCAGAAAAGAGUCUUACUAUUAACAGUCCCAGGAAUGGAGGAAACUACAUCGGAGACAGAUAAGAAUCUUUCCAAGCAAGCAUGGGAUACCAAGAAGACGGGGUCCAGGCCCAAGUCCUGCGAGGUCCCCGGGAUCAACAUCUUUCCAUCCGCUGACCAGGAAAACACUACAGCCCUGAUCCCCGCCACCCACAACACAGGGGGCUCCCUGCCUGACCUGACCAACAUACACUUCCCCUCCCCCCUCCCGACCCCACUGGACCCUGAGGAGCCCACCUUCCCCGCGCUCAGCAGCUCCAGCAGCACCGGCAACCUCGCAGCCAACCUGACUCAUCUGGGCAUCGGCGGCGCCAGCCAGGGAAUGAGCACACCAGGCUCCUCGCCGCAGCACCGUCCAGCCGGCGUCAGCCCACUGUCCCUGAACACAGAGGCCAGGAGACAGCAGGCCCAGCAGGUGUCGCCCACCCUCUCCCAGCUGUCACCCAUCACUCAGGCUGUGGCCAUGGAUGCCCUGUCUCUGGAGCAGCAGCUGCCCUACGCCUUCUUCACCCAGGCUGGCUCCCAGCAGCCGCCACCGCCACAGCCACAGCCCCCUCCACCGCCACCACCUGCGUCCCAGCAGCAACCGCCCCCACCACCCCCGCAGGUGCCCGUCGGCCUUCCCCCAGGUGGCCCCCUGAUGCCAAGCGCCAGCCUGACGCGGGGGCCCCAGCUGCCCCCACUUGCGGUCACGGUACCAUCCUCUCUCCCCCAGUCCCCCCCAGAGAACCCGGGCCAGCCGCCAAUGGGGAUCGACAUCACCUCGGCGCCGGCUCUGCAGCAGUACCGCACUAGUGCCGGCUCCCCGGCUAACCAGUCUCCCACCUCACCUGUCUCCAAUCAAGGCUUCUCCCCCGGGAGCUCCCCGCAACACUCCUCCACCUUGGGCAGCGUGUUUGGGGACUCGUACUAUGAGCAGCAGAUGGCGGCCAGGCAGGCCAAUGCUCUGUCCCACCAGCUGGAGCAGUUCAAUAUGAUGGAGAACGCCAUCAGCUCCAGCAGCCUGUACAGCCCGGGCUCGACGCUCAACUACUCGCAGGCAGCCAUGAUGGGCCUCACCGGCAGCCACGGGAGCCUGCCAGACACACAGCCGCUGGGCUACCCCAGCCACAGCAGCAUCCCCAACAUCAUCCUCACAGUGACGGGAGAGUCCCCUCCCAGCCUCUCUAAAGAACUGACCAGCACACUGGCCGGGGUCGGUGAUGUCAGCUUCGACUCGGACAACCAGUUCCCCCUGGAUGAACUCAAGAUUGACCCCCUGACCCUGGAUGGACUGCACAUGCUCAACGACCCCGACAUGGUCCUGGCCGACCCGGCCACCGAGGACACCUUCCGGAUGGACCGUCUGUGAGCUGCACACCUGGCACGUCGCCGCCCAGCCCCCGGCUCCAUCACCCCGCCGGUCAGUGGUCCCGACGGCGUCUCCCUGAGCCCAGGGACGGCCGCGCUCCGUCCUUCGCAAACGGCCGAGCUUGUGAUUCUGAGCUUGCAAUGCCGCCAAGCGCCCCCUGCCCUCCCGCCCGCCCCCCCCCCCAGCUGUCCACCUCCCUCAGGAGGCCGCGUGUCACCCCCGCGGAGCCUCCCUGCGCGUGCUCUCUCGCCCCCCACCCUGGGCCGUGAGCCGUCCCCCCCUGUAAAAUGCGGAAAGCGUGUUGGGCAGGGCCUCUGGCCUGGAGGGGGCGCUGUGGUCCAUGGCGGCCGUGGGCUGAGGUGCAUUUUCCGACUGUUGUCCAGCUCUCACUGCCUUCCUUCGUUCCCGGUCCCCCGACCUGCCCGCCACCCCCCCCAGCCCGAGGUUAGGUAGAGAGCCAGCCCCACCCUGCCAAGGGGAGAAGGCGCCAGAGAGAGGGGUAGACACAAAGCGAAAUAAACACUAUUUUGACUGCUGUCUUUUAUAUUUCUGAGCACAUUCAGAGAAUGCUAGAAUCCAUCCCAUGGAGGUAGAACAUAAAAGGUGUGAACAGAGCAUGCAAAGCAGCUAAAUCUUCCCGGGACCCUUGCUCCCGCUUUGCCCACCCCCAGCUAGGUCCCUCUGGGGCCGCCUUGGCCCUGAAAGUGAAGCCCCUGACCAGGAUGGAAGGGCCUUCCAGGGGAUGCAUGUGGAGGCACGGACUAUCUCCGGGGUUUGUUUUCAUCUCUCAGCCUGUUUUCAUCUUUUCUUCUCUGUACCUUGGUCACUGUCACUGUUAUUUAAACAUGGGGUGGGGAGGGGGUGGCCAGGGCAUUUUUGUUGUUUUUGUUUGUUUGUUUCUUUUGGUUUGUAUUUACACUUUGGUUGUAGAUGAGUAGCUGACUCCUUCGAUCCAAUACUUGCCUGAGAGCAUGUUUUUAUUCCAGAAAUCCCAGGUUAUAUAUUUUUUAAGCUAACUGGAAGCAGUCUGCUGCCUGCCCGGAUCUGAGCUGUGUCUCUAGCCGUUUUAGCGAAGGCCCACAUUAUCUCAGAACGCAAGGGCUGAGUGAGGGCGGAUUGGGCCUGGUAGGGUCUCUGGCAGAAGCUCGAGGUGGCAAGAGGUGUCUCCGCACUAGCCACGCGACAGGUGGAAUUCCAGGAAGGAGCCACGGCGUUUAUUAAGGGUCUCUCAGAGACCCAUCUCUGCCUGGCCAUCCUGAUGGUCUUCCAGGGAGGACUAUCCCAGACCCCGAGGCUGGUGGCAGCUGCAGCCCCUCUGCCCUGACACCCCCCGAGAUGAGGCUGCUCUCUUGCCCCCUACCCUGAGAGCCAGCUGACAUUCGUCUCCUUCAGCCACCCUUUUCAUGGCUCCUCCCAACAGGGCCGGAUUCGGGGGCAAAGAGCAGUGUGUGUUGUAGCAACAGGUUUCCAGGUGCUUCUUGAAGUGCCUCCAGAGGCCGAGGUGACCAUCAGGGCUCGGCCUUCAUGCUGGGGGCUGUCCCUGUGCCCUCCAGGCCCCGGGAGGGGUGAAAGGGCCGUCUUUGUUUUCCGUCAGCUGCUCUGAAGUAGGAACUUCUGUUGCAGUCCCUCCAAAGCCUCACCUUGAGCUCUUGCUGGCUCCUUGACCUGCAGGCCGGGCCGGCACCUUCUCCUCGGAGUGAUUCUCUGUGGCGUUGCAGCCACUGCCUCUGGGUCGUGAGAGCCCUCGCCUCGGUCUGUGGGAGCCAGAUUUGAUCCUAAUGACAUCUCUCUCUCUCUCUCUCUCGUUCCCGGGCCAUGUUGUUAGCACAUGGCCAAGCAACUGGGCUGCUGCCACAGGUAUAAGAAGGCCCCCUCCUCGGUCAUUUGGCCCCUGCUGCCCUCAUCUGGGCUAGGGGACACGGGGUCAGUCCAUUCAGGUUGAGGCCCCAGCCUUUUACCGAGGCAGGGUCUGGGAGCAAAGACUGAGACUUUCUUCUUCUUUUUUUUUUUUUUUUUUUUUAAGAAAACUACAUGUACAUAGAAGAGUUUACCAUUAGACUUGUAUGUAGAACUUUUUAAAAAAUGGCCUUAAUAAAAUUAUAAGCAACCUUCCUGGAUGCAGUUUUCAAACAAGGCAUCGUGGACCCCGUGUGGGAGCCUCGUACUUCCUGUCUGCCCGGCACCCGGUUCUCAGUGCAGAUGGGCAGCAGAGGGAGGGUGUCCACCCCUGCAGCCUAUUUCUGACAUCCCCUUGGCCAGGGGCACAGGCGACAUUGUAUUAUUUCCAUGGCCACUUCAGCUCCUGAGGGGCAUAGGUGCAGCUUUCCCAGGGAGGGGGUCCCAGCCAGGAGCCAGUGGCCAGGCAUCCCUGUGCCCUCACAGGGUUCACACCCCUGCCUGGGCCUGGGCAGGCCCCCUGAGGUCUGCAGCAGGGGAUUUUGUUUAUUUCUUAAAUAUUGCUUCUCUACUAAAUAUUCUUGAAUUGCCAAGACUUCCUGAAACAGGACAGCCUAAGGGAACCAGCCCUUUGACUUGUGAUGUGAAAAUACUGUGAUUUCAGGCGAGCUGCGCCGUGAGGGGUGGGCUGAGGCCCCUGAAUAUUGUAUAUAGACCCGCCCGCCACCUGUGUCCUCGCUUGCUCGUUCUGGACAGGCCUGGACGCUCAGCCCACACGGAGUCAGAGGCCAGGCCUGUCUGUCCCCCCUGCCGCUGCCUGAGUGCUCCUGAUUUCGGUCCCCUCAGCUGUGCAAACUUCUGCCCCAGGAACACAAGCUGAACAGUGUGUUCCCACCUGCCUCAGUUUACCCUCUGUCCCCCAAAUCCCCAGGGCAAUGAGUUUAUUACCCCCACAGAGGCUUGUGGGCCAAAGUAGAGCCCGGGAUCGGCCCCUCUCUGUGUCCUUCAGAGAAGAGGGUUUAUGCCCCUGCCCCCUCAAACCCCACCCAUCAAAGUCACCCCACACACACACAGUGUCCAGAGCUGAUGUGGGGGACGAGAAGGGGUCUUGUCGGGAUCAUGUUCCCUGUCACAGGUACCCAUGCCAACCUCCGUCCCCACUAUGUCCUUACCAGGGAGAAAAUAGGCAGCGCUCUUCGGGGCAUCCUGCAUUCCCCCUGCCCCACCUCAUUCUCACAUGCCCUGCCUCCUUCUGACACACUUCUGGGCAGGAAGUGGUGGGGCGGGGCGGGGUGGGGCGGCCCCUUGUGGUAAGGGGCCCUGAGACCCUCAGUAGAAAGCUUGGGGCAAGUUGACCCUUUAGCAAGGUUUAGGGGCCACAGCUGACAGUAUCCAAAAACUGUCUACUCUCUCCUGUGGGGGACAAGCCAGAGAAGAAGGGGCCCUUACUGUGGUGGGUCCAAUCCCUCCCUGCCAUUGCUGUCCAUCGGACUCCCUGGGACUAGCAAGGCCUAGGCGGAGGGCAGCCGUGUGGGCUUGGGGCCCUUUCCCCAGCAACACCUCCACCCAGCCCCCCUGCUGGCUUCUAGCUACCUGCCUGCCCCAAGGGUGUGCACUGAGCACAGGGCUCCUAAGGCGCUCACGCUGGCCUUUGCAGCCCUUCUGCUCUUGUCUACUUGUGGGUUUGGGGGGCUAGAAAAGAAGGGUUCUGAUGUCUGUGUGUUUGGCAUGAUUUCUUGGGCUGGCCGAGCUCCCCGGAGGCUGCCUAGCCAGCUGGGCCCCGUCGGGGGGCCCACGUGUCAUAGUGGGGUGGCCGAGGAUGGACAUCGAGCCCUAUGAGACCCCCACAGGGAGGGCGAGAGUCUCCGCGUCCAUCUGUGUGUCCUGGGGUGGGCUGCGUGCCAGGUGCUAGCUGUGGCCUGGCCAGUCAGGACGGGAGGAGGCUCCAGGUCUUUGGGGGGCUGAAUGGGGCUCCAGCUGCAGAGGCUGCCUUCCCCACCAGCCAGCAUCCUGGGCCCAGUGAGCCCCCAUGAGGGAUUGUCCUUAGAGGGGCCCCCAGGGCCGCCAAGGACACGUGGGAGCGUGCCCCCCUCCCCAGACCUCCACAUCUCAGCCAACCCUGAGCUGGCUCGUAACCAAACGUCCUCCCAGACUUCCAGCCCCAUCUGGAUUCCUGCUUUUCUGCAUUUCCAAAGAAAGCACCCCACUCCUAGGGACAGGCUGCGUGUGGUAAGGUCUGGCGGUAUGGGGGAGCCCUCCACUCCCCACCCCCAGUCCUCACAAAGCUGCAGCAGCACCCACCACCCUCACUGGGUUCUGAUGGAGCUGUAGUUAGAGGCCACUGAGGCUCUCGUUGUGGGGGUAGGGUAUGGGGGCUACAAGGUCAAGGGUAUCCAGCGCCCCUGGUCUUGACCCAUCACUCCUGCAGGUGGCGCUCCCGGUAAGGGAGCCGUGGCUACCCGAGCCCUUCCCACUUGGCUCGCAGAGCCCUGGGGAGGACAGAGUGCUUCCCCCGCCCACUGCCGGAGGCCUGCCUGGGGUGAGUGGGCAGCUAGGUCUGUUUCCGCCCCUGUUCUCCUUGGAACCUGUGCCCCCACCUCCUGGGGGUCUCACAGUGUGUGACUGGGGGUUCCUGGUACACUCCUCCAUCAGGUCCUGCCCAACCGUCUCAGCCUGAGCUGACUCUCCUUGGUUUCUCUUGGCCUUUGGCCUCCAAGGUUCCUAAUUGGGUGGGGCUCAGGCCCCCUUCAAAACCCUUCACCACAGGCAACGGGCCACAGACACAUUCUCUCACUGCCAGGAGACGGAGAUGGGGUAACUUGUAUCCCCAGGCCUGGGUGCUGGGAUACUCUCAAAGGCAUGGGGAGGGGGGCGGUGAGAAAAAGACCCUUGUGACCUGGGCUUCACUUUCCCUCCUGUCACUGGCUCACACCCAUGGGUCUCAGCCUCAGGGUCCUCCCUGGCAGGGUGGGGGCUAAGGUCUGGACAUCAGAGUGAUGCUGGCUCCAAGUAGUUUCCUCCACCUUCUGCCCUCUCGGUCAGCCCUCAACUCCCCGUGCCAAGAGGCCAAGGACACGUGGCACAUGCAGGGCGUGGUGUUGUCCCCAUCUCACAGGGCUCUGGAGUUCGGGGCCAAUGAAUGCCCAGCCCAUCUUAGCCCAUCACUUCUGACCUCUUGUCCACUCGGGACAAGUGGACACAGCUGUGGCCUUUGCCACCAGUCCCUGUGAGGGAGGGCUUUGGCAGCCAAGGUCCACUGGCCCCGCUGUGCCCCCCAUAUAGGAAACUGCCCCCCAAGGGGCUGGGUGGCACCACUGAUAUAUGCAAACCUGCCGGUCCAAGCCCUGCUCCACCUGUGUCCCGCUGUCCCCAGGCUGGCUCUGCCCCCGCCCCCAGCAUGUACACUCUUCUGUGGAUGUCCCGUGGGCCGUGGGUUGGGUGCCCACGGUGGGUGGGGGCGGGCGGCUCAGGGCGCACUCGGCCGGCCCCUGCCCAUCUUCUCUGGCGUGGACGCUUUUGUCUUUGUACCUUUGCAUCCUUUGUAAUGAAACAUAAUAAAAAUCCAAUGUUUUCGUC